UCCCCAGACGGAGCCCAGGAUACUGGUUGGAAUCAGAUUUGGAGGGUGAUGCACCGCGACAGCUAAAAGUUGGAUAGAGUUUCAGCAGCUACUAUAUAUAAAGCAGGGGGACUUAUGUCACUGCACUAAUUAAAUUCCAUCUGGGUGGCUCCUCUGGGUUUUUUUUGAGCCUAUCACCCAACUCCAGCAGGCAGAGAGGCCAAGGGGAGAGCAUGAUGAUGGACCUUUUUGAAACUAGCUCCUAUUUCUUCUACUUGGACGGAGAAAAUGGAGCUCUGCAGCAGCUGGAGAUGGCAGAGGGGUCCCCUCUGUACCCAGGCAGCGAUGGCACUUUGUCCCCCUGUCAGGACCAAAUGCCCCCAGAAGCUGGGAGUGACAGCAGUGGAGAGGAGCAUGUGCUGGCACCCCCGGGCCUACAACCCCCUCAUUGCCCCGGCCAGUGUUUGAUCUGGGCUUGUAAGACCUGCAAGAGGAAAUCGGCCCCCACCGACAGGAGGAAAGCAGCCACCCUGCGGGAGAGGAGGCGGCUGAAGAAGAUCAACGAAGCCUUCGAGGCUCUGAAAAGAAGGACUGUGGCAAACCCCAACCAGCGGCUGCCCAAGGUGGAGAUCCUGAGGAGUGCCAUCAGCUACAUAGAGAAGCUGCAGGAUCUCCUGCACAGGCUGGAUCAGCAGGAGAAAAUGCAGGAGAUUGGGGGAGACCCUUUUAGCUUCAGCCCUAAGCAGGGAAAUAUCCCAAGUUCAGAUUUCCUGAGCACCUGCAGCUCCGACUGGCAAAAUGUUUCUGAUCAUUCCAGAGUGCUGGCAAUCAACGCCAAAGAAGGAGCCUCCAUCGUUGAAUCUUCAGCCUCUAGCAGCCUUCGUUGUCUUUCUUCGAUAGUGGACAGUAUUUCUUCAGAAGAUCCCAAACUUCCCAGCGUGGAGGAAGUGGUAGAGAAGUAGAUCUGCAUUUGGCCUGGUAGUAUUUUGAACGCAGAUAACAAGGAACUCACCCCACAACCUAUAAAUGAAAUAAUGAAUUAAUUUAAUAUUUUAGCAAUCCCAGACAGGGGCCUUGUUCAAGGCACUAGUAGGCAGAUAAAGUUGAAUCUUCUUAAAAAGAAAUGUUCCUCUGAUAAUUGUACAAUCCAAUUUUCUUUCUUUCUUUCUUUCUUUCUUUCUUUCUUUCUUUCUUUCUUUCUUUCUUUCUUUCUUUCUUUCUUUCUU